ACUAGAUGGCAAAAUAAGUUGUAGGCUGUAUGUUAUUUAUAAAAAGGAUUUUAACUAUAUAGUUGAGUGUUUUUGAUGAACGUUUUUUAUCUCAUGAUAUUAUAUUUUGUACUAUCUCGUAAUAUUUUUGUAUGAUAGAAAAAUGUAUGAGUGAACGCGCAUGCGAAUUGCAAUCAGUUCUAAAAAAUAUCCCAUUUGUUGCUCUACGUGUUGUAUGUUGCCAGUUCGUGAUAUGUCAAAUUUUGUAUGCCAAAGUACUUUCCAUAUGAUAGGUAUUUUGAAAAAUGAGAUGGAAUUUAAAAAUGAGUUUGCAACAAAUCGAAUUUUCAAGGAAAUAUUAAAUGGAAAUUAUCCAGCUCAGCUCGUGAACAAAAUGAAUAUGAGAGUUUUAGAAAGGUUCGUAGUGCGUCUUGUAGAGUAUACAUCUUCUUGGGCGGGCGCGAAAACACAAUCAACACAAAGUAAUAAUGUGUCAACAUCAAACUGGUGGUCUCUGGUUGAGGAUUUACAAGUGGAAAAGAAACAGAACAAAAAAGAGUUUCGACAUAAUUUGAAAAAAAUUCUAGUUUAUUGUAGUGAAUUUUUCCAAUCGUAUAACAAUCAAUGGCUUCCUGAUUCACCUCCUUGGAUUAACGACGAAAACUUCGAUAUCAUUUUUGCUAGGAAAAGGAAAAAAGAAUAUCCAUGUGAAGUGCCUCCAGCCAAAAAACGAAAGAAACUAUUGUCUCUGGUCGAAAAAGAUGAAGAACCCUUAGUUAAUUCAAAAAAGUACUCCCCAUCAUCAACCCAAUCAACAGAACCUCUUUCUCAAACAGAAUUCUUGGGUAUAUUAAAGUUAGGUAUAAACAAUAACGAGAUACCAAAACCUUUUAUAUCAAGUUUCAUAAGACCUAAUCGCCUUUCGAAUUGUCCGCACAUUCCUUUCUCUUCAGAUAUAGGACAGUUGAUGAUAAAAAAGGAAAAUGUUACUGUAUCCAGUUAUGUUAAAGAAAGAAAAUUAGAUCGAUUGGAAUGGUAUUUGAAUAAAGACUGUUCCUCAAUAACUGAUUCGAACUACAAAUUGGCUUACGUGCCUAAUAAGACUACAGCCAAUGAACAUUUUUAUAAUUUUCCUGUUAAAAGAUAUCAUAAAUAUCGAGAUGUACAAUUUCAAAUUUUUAUUCAUAGUUUAUGUAAACCGCUUACAGUUUUAUUAAGAAACGAAGACUUACCUAGUUUAAAGAAGCAAUAUGAUAAAUAUAAAGUGAGCAUAUUUUUACCAACAUUAUUGGAUAAACAAAUAAGGAAAUGUACCAGAACCAGAAGGAAGGUGAUAACAAAAGAAGUGAUUAGUAAAAGUGUGAUUUGAAGCAAAAUGGAUGAUGGGAGAUAUUGAUAUUCAAUAAAAAUAUCGAAAGAGAUGAUUUGGUGAAUAAAGAGAACCAAACUGUUUAGUUUGAAUUAAUGUACAAAAAUAGAUCUGAUCAUUCUCGUAUUUAUUAUUAAUGAUAUUUUGUUAGAUUUAUUGAUAUAAUUACUGUACUGUUAAAUAUUUAUAACUUAUACGAUAUCAUACAUUUCAAAUUGUUGUCCUAAAUAAACUUAUUGACAAAUAA